UGUGAGGAGGACCCGUGCGUAUUUACGCUCAGUGUAUGCGCGCGUGUUUACAUGUGUCAGAAGAGAGGUGCAGAGCCCGACAGCGGGCGAUAAGCAUUCAAGUGACGAGGAGAAGCAGGAAGAAACGCCGGUUAUUUGGGCUGUUUACGCCACUCCACGCGCUUUCGUUAACGCGCAGCCGAAAAGGACAAAAGACAACUAAUAGGACAGCAAAGUUUAGACUUUUUUUUUUUUUUAACUUUCAUCUUAGGCUGUUUUGCCCGUCCCUUCUGACCGCGCAGUGGCAGGAGGGGGGACGGGAGAACCGGGCGAAGCUGCGCGUCUCCCUCCGGUGGAUGAACAGCUGGAUGCGGGACGAUGGAUUAACAUCACCUGGAUCCUCCAACCUUUAAUAUUUCUUUCACCAGUAAAUCCGCCACCACACCCUCCUGUCCACUUCGGGAUUAUUUCAACUCUUUCGACUUCCACUCCCUGACUCUCGAGAUGAGCGAGGAAUAUGUUUUGCGGUGCGUCCUGAUGCUCUGCUGCGCGCUCCUCUCGGUCAACGCGAGUAACUGGCUGUAUCUGGCCAAGCUGUCGUCAGUGGGGAGCAUCCGGGAUGAGGAGACGUGUGAAAGGUUACGAGGACUCAUCCAAAGACAGGUUCAGAUCUGUAAGCGCAGUGUGGAGGUGAUGGAUGCAGUCCGUCGUGGAGCCCAGCUGGCAAUUGACGAGUGUCAGUUUCAGUUUCGUAACCGUCGGUGGAAUUGUUCCACUCUAGAGACCAUGCCUGUGUUUGGCAAAGUGGUCACCCAGGGCACCCGUGAGGCAGCCUUUGUGUAUGCCAUCUCAGCAGCCAGUGUGGCAUUUGCGGUCACAAGGGCCUGCAGCAGCGGAGAGCUGGAAAAAUGUGGCUGCGACCACAAUGUGCACGGAGUCAGCCCAGAGGGGUUCCAGUGGUCAGGCUGCAGUGAUAACAUUGCAUAUGGAGUGGCCUUCUCCCAGUCCUUUGUGGAUGUGAGGGAAAGGAGUAAAGGCCAAUCCUCCAGUCGGGCUCUCAUGAACCUGCACAAUAAUGAGGCAGGGAGGAAGGCCAUACUGUCCCACAUGCGUGUGGAGUGCAAAUGUCAUGGUGUGUCCGGUUCCUGCGAGGUGAAGACCUGCUGGAAAGCCAUGCCACCAUUCCGCAAAGUGGGUAAUGUCAUCAAGGAGAAGUUUGACGGUGCCACUGAGGUGGAGCAGCGCAAGGUCGGCUCCACCAAAGUUUUAGUGCCCCGAAAUUCCCAGUUCAAACCUCACACGGAUGAAGAUUUGGUCUACCUGGACCCGAGUCCGGAUUUCUGCGACUACGAUCCGCGCACGCCUGGCAUGCUAGGCACAGUGGGCCGGCAGUGUAACAGAACCUCAAAGGCCAUAGACGGCUGCGAGUUGAUGUGCUGCGGCCGUGGCUUCCAGACACAGGAGGUGGAGGUGGUGGACAGGUGUAGCUGUAAGUUCCACUGGUGCUGUUACGUGAAAUGCAAACAGUGCCACAAAAUGGUGGAGACUCACACUUGCCGGUGAUGCAGGUGGGGACACAGAGGACACUGCUGAUGGACAAAACAAAAAUCCCAGACUCCUAUUAAUUAAUUAAAGGCAAGAGGGAGCAAGGACUUUGAAAGCACCCCACCCCACCCCACCCUACUGCGACUGGUCAAGAGAAACAAACUGAGUGGCCGAGUUUAAAAUUCACCUUAUUUAUCUGACACCACCACCAUGGACAUCAUUUCCAGCAAACUGCAGGACCUAUCUGUUUCCUCUAAAGUAGAGAACAUCCACCACUUCUUGCCUCCCAUGCGCUUGUAUUUGGUUUUUCAUUGAUGCCUUGUAUUUUUAUAAUGUUUAACUUAUUUGUUGAGACUGAGCAGAUGGAUGGGGGUGGUCAUAGAAGAAGGCGCUAGACGAGUUGAGACAGUAAAGGACAAAACUGGACCUGCAGCUUGGCAGUUGAGGGUGGGUUUGGGUAAAGGGGUUGGGGUCAGGAGAAGGGCUGUCUGCCAUCUGUCCUUAAUGCUGCUUUUGGGACUUAUUUGGAGUGCUGGACCUCAAAACGAAGACUUCAAGUCUGUCAAAGGAUGGAUUCAAGCAACACAGAGGGACUUGGUGCAGAUGGGAUUUCUAUGAUUUGCUUUCCAUGUAUACAUGGCUGUGCUGCGCUGAGGUUCAGCUAACGCUGAAUCAUUCACUUUGCUCCCUGAAAUGCCUCGUUGCUGCUUCCCUAACAAAUGCUCACUCUCCUCCUCUCAGAGGGAUGAUGAUGAUGAUGAUGGACAGGUAAAAGCCACUGUCAGCUCCUUCCUGUCAUUUCUAUAGGCCCGUAUCACUCAAAUAUUCAGUAAAAACCUUGUUCCCAAAACAACACUUGUAUGUUGAUCAGUUACCAGGUCAGAAUUGAUAUCACUUGUAUUAUUUUUUUAACAUCUUGUUAAAAUAUUGUGUUUUUUGGGGGUUGAUGUUGAUUGUUGGUUUGCUAAAUACAUGUACCAGCAAACACACACAAUGUAGACACACAUUCACAUGUCCCCCAGAGGAUUGCCGAGCAUGUUCAUCAUGCAUGAUGACUGAAGCACUUUCUCUCCGAGCGCACAUACAACCCUCACCCCACAGAGAUAAGCACCCAGCUUUCCCCAUUCAUCUUCCUCUCAUACAUGCACACACUGCAGAUACAGAAUGCCACUGUCAGGACUUGUCUUGUAGCACCAGCCAAGCUUUCCUAUAACAACACACUAUCAUUAUAGAGACAUACUGUAGAUCUGUACUCAUACACUGAAGAAGACUAUACUGCCUAUGAAUGUAUGUUAAUAUGGAAUAUAUGCUGUGUCAAAAAUGAGUGUCGUCACUUCUUUUUAUGACAAACUAUGUGUUGCAUAUGUGUGAGAAAGAUAAGUAAUAUCCUAAGUACCCAAAACACAAAAGAAAAACUCGUAUGAGAGAGUAAAGGCUCAAUAGAGAACAUGCACGUGACGUCACCGUGCUUUUCUCCCUGGCUUUCUCCACCAUUUUGGGGGCACCUGGCUACUGUUUCCAUUAUAAACUGUAUUGUUUCUCUCCAGUAAACUGCCUUAAAAACACAUUUAAAACACGCUGAGAAGUCAAACUCACCAUGAUAAACUUAUUAAUAACUUAGAUUGUUACAAGCUGCUGAACAAUGAAUGAAGUUCAGGUUUAGAUGCGUUUCCACCUGUUUCAGUCUCAGAAGUCAGUGUUUACAUGGCAUGUGGUGGAAGUUCCUAAAGCCGCCAUAAAUUUAUAAACUACUUAUUUUUAAAUGUCCAAGCAGCCAUUUUACAAACAGAUGGGUUCAA